AUGCAAAUCACGAUUGUUGCCCUCAUCGCCACUGUCGUCGGCCAAGCAGCCGCACAACUACCAUUCCCAGACACACUAUGCGGCGGGAUCCGCUGGCAAAUACGUACAACCUGUCUCCCGGGCUCCACGUGCACCACGAUAAAUGCCUAUCACUCCUACUGCACGAAGGUUCCAAACUCAGUAAGACCACGGGAUGAACCUCCAAUCACAACUUUUACGCCAACAACAACUACGGACCUUGAUUGCGCGACGACUCUGACGACUUGCACCACAUUAUUGGUGUGCCCAAGGGGGUCGACGAGGACUUGUAAGGAGUGGUGUGAUGGACAACCGAAGCCUACCUUUUCUCCUUUGGUUGUACCGUGCAGUUUUAAUAGCAAUCCUGUGAUAACCACGACGGCUGCUUGA